AUGGAGGGCAAGUACUUGGAGAGGCACUUGAUAGGGACCACAGCUCAGAUCCAAGAUGAAGGCAAGGACUACAGGGAGCUGCCGUCGACUCCUCUGUUCGAGCGGGGCAAACUGACCUCGUGGUCGUUUUACCAGGCUGGGAUUGCAGAGUUCGUGGCCAAUUUUCUGUUUUUGUACAUCACUGUGUUGACGGUGAUGGGAAUGGUUAAGUCGAACACCAAGUGCUCGAUGGUUGGGAUUCAAGGGAUCGCUUGGGCUUUUGGUGGCAUGAUCUUCGCUCUCGUAUACUGCAUUGCUGAAAUUUUAGGACAGCUUAAGGGAGAAAGAAGGCAGCUUUCACAAAUCCUUCCUUCUAGCUCUGUAAAUUUCUUCACGACUUCAAUUGCGUUUCAUACAUAUCAUCCAGUGCAUGAAACCCAAGCUUGA